AUGAUAGAUCCGGAUACAGGAUCAUCAAAUAAUAUCUCACCAACUAUUAGUAUAUCUAGAGUUGGAAUGUUACAGCAAGGUGGCGGAUAUGAUUCAAUUGGGUCAUCAAAUAGUAUGAUGAAUAUUGAUGAUACAGCAAGUAAUAUAAGUGGUGUUAGUAACUUUUAUAUGAAAUCAUCAUUAAAAAAUCAUAAUAAUAAUAAUAAUAAUAAUAGUAAUAACAGUGAAUUAUCACAAUCACCAAAGAAAAAAUUUGGAAUUUCAUCACAUCAUCAAGGUAUUCAUUUUUCAAAUUUAGGAGGAUGGUUUUCAAUGUCACAUUUACAUAAUACACAAAAAUCAUUUACAGAUUUAAGUCAAAAGAUAUUUCAUGGAAAGGGUAUAAAGAAACUUAGAAAUAUGAAAAAGAAAAAGAGAAUUAAAAAAAGUAAAGCAUCUUAUAUUAGAAGAAGGAAACUUAGUAAAUUAAUGAAUAGUAGAGUAUCAAUGAUAAUAAUGAUAGUUGCGACACUAUUCCUAUUAUAUAUUGAUGAUAUUUUGUAUACAUCAUUGGCACCAAAUUCACCGGCCACAUUUAAUUCAGUAUCGGUUUUAAAGGUUAUUGUAUUUUUUAUAUUUGUAAUUGAUUUAAUAUUUCAAAUCUAUGUUCAAAGAUUGGCAUAUAUUUUAACAUUAUUCUUUCCCAUUGAUUUAAUAUCGAUUGCAUCAUUGGUGCCAGAUGUAGUUGGAUACGUUUUCAGUGUCACUAGUUUAUUGUAUGCAUUAAAUUCAUUAUCAAUAUCUAGAACUGCCAGAGUUGCAAGAAUGGCAUCUCGGUUAUCAAGAAUCGCAAGAAUUAUAAACUUUUUCGAUGUUUUUCAAUGUGGUAAACGUGUGGAUGAUAAACCAAAGAAUGAGAUAUCAGUAUCUGUUGAACCAAGUACAAUUGGAAAGAAACUAUUGGCUAAAACAUCUCAUAAAAUUGUGGUAAUGUGUUUAUUGAUUGUAUUGAUCACAACAUUAACUUCACCAGCACCAGAUUCAGAUCCAUAUUUUACUUCAAUCUUAGAGUUAUUGGUUAUUUCUGCUAAUCAAAAUGGUAUAAACUCUCAAGCAUUUACAACAUCAUUUAAUGAAAUUCAAAGUAAUAAAGAUACAGUUGACCUUUUAUACUUAAAAGUUAAUGGUAUCGAUGUUUAUCAAUCAUCAAUUAAUACAGACGAAUGGUAUCCAAGUUGGAUUAUUAAAAAUUCAUUCAAUGGUUCAGAUAUUAAUGAAAUGUGGGUAAACAAUCAAAAGAAUGAACAAUAUUUAGCAGCUUUAUCAAUUACAAUGACAACUUGUUUAAUAAUUAUACUUUCAUUUGGAACUUUAUUAAUUUCAAGGGAUUUUCAAAUUUUAGUUAUAAAACCAAUUGAAAGAAUGAUAUCAUUAAUUAAAAAGAUCUCAUCAAUGGAAAGAGGGUAUGACAGUGAUUAUGACUCCGAUCCAGAUGAUGAAUAUACAAAUCAAACCACUGAAGAUGAUGGUAAUUGUGGUGCAGAUGAUGGUGAUGCUAAAAAUAUAAAUAUGAAUGAUUUAGAAGUUGGUGGAUUUUCAAGUGCAGGUGAUUCAGAUUUUGAAAGUUUUGGAGAAUAUGGUUCAGAAGAAAAUGAAACAGAAAUUCUUGUAGAGGUUUUAAAUGAAUUGGCAUAUAAAAAAUUAUCAAAUCAAAAUAAUGAAAGAAUUCAACAUGAAAAUAAACAAAAAAUAGUUGAUGGAUUGAAUUGUUUAUUGGCAAAUAUUAAAUCAUUUGCACAAAGAAAACAUUUUACCAGUGAACUUAAAAUUUAUAAUAGAAGACAUAGAAUUGUUAAAGAGAUUUUAACUACUGAACAAACCUAUUGUAAUUCAUUAUCAACAAAGAUUGAAGUUUUCAUUUUACCAUUACGUAGUAAAUCGAUUAUUUCAAAUGAUGAUCUUUCAACUAUAUUUAGUAAUUCUGAAGUUAUUCAUCAAUUUAAUAGUGGAUUUUUAGCAUUACUAGAGGAGAAAAUUAAUAAUUGGUCUACUAAUCAAUCGAUUGGUGAAGUGUUUAAUUAUUUGGAGAAUUCAGUUCAAUGUUAUAGUACCUAUGUAAACAAUUAUAAUAACUCAAUAAAGGCAUUGGAAGAUUGUAAGAGAGAUAAUGAGAAGUUUGUAGAGUUUUUAGCGGACCAACGUGAAAAGGCAUCGAUAGAGUUACCAGGUUAUUUAAUUAUGCCCGUUCAACGUAUGCCACGUUAUGUGAUGUUAUUAGAGGAUUUAUUAAAACAUACAGCACCUCAACAUUUCGAUUUUGAACCAAUUGAUAAUGCUGUUAAAUCAUUAAAGAAAAUAACGGUACAAUUGAAUGAAAGAAAGAGAGAAUCAGAGAACAAACAAUCGAUUCAAGAUAUCUAUAUGCAAUUGGUACCACCAAUUCAAGACAUUUUAACACCUGGAAAUUGUAUAGCUGCAAAUUCAAAAUUAAAACAAGACUCUCUUAAAUUCCAUUUCAUCCUUUUCCAAACUGGUCUAUUAAAAGUUGAAAAGAGUCAUGACGAAUUACAUGUUAAACAAUAUUAUCAAAUUAAAGAUAAACCAAUCGUAUUAACUGUACUCCAAGAUGUACCUUCAAUGAAAUUCUUUAAUGCUUUUCAAAUAAAGAUUGAGGAUGAACAUGAACUAUUACUCUUUGCAAAAACUGAAGAAAUUCGUAAUCAAUGGAUAAACGCUUUAACUCAAUUUACAAAAGUUCAAACUCAACGUACAAAGAGUGUUUUAAUGAUAAAUUCUCAUCUUCGUAAAUCAACCAUUAGUCGUGGUAGUGGUUCAAAUAUACUUCAAAAUUCACCUUUAUCAACUUCAAGAUUAUCUUAUUCUUCAAAUUCUGGUUCUCAAAGUGGUGGUAGUAGUAGUAGAAAUUUAAAUAAAUAA